AUGGAGCACCAACCGACGUUCAUGGAGAACUUGCUCCGCACGAAGCCGCUGCGUGUCAUCAAAGCUGAGGAAGCGGCCGAGGAACUCCCCCGCCAAAUGGGACUUUUCGACCUGCUUUGCAUCGGUAUCUCCGCGUCUGUGGGCAGCGGCAUCUUCUCCACGACUGGCGAGAUCAUCUCGGGCACCGCGGGGCCUGCGGCGUUCGUCAGUUGGCUCAUUGCUGGUGUCGUGUGCAGCAUCAACGCUCUCGCGUACAUGGAGAUGGUGACUCAAGUGCCGUCGUCGGGCAGUACCUACGCCUACUCGUUCUACGCCCUCGGAGAGCUGCCGGCCGUGAUCGCAGCGUGGCUGGUCUCACUUGAGUACGGUGUGUCGGGUUCCGGUGUCGCUCGCAGUUGGGCUACCAAGGUGCAAGAGUGGCUGGAAGAGGAACACCCGACGCACUCGUACCAGUGGCUGAACGAAGACUACACCAACCUGCUGGGCGCAGUUCUCAUGGCGCUGUGCGUGGCGGUGCUUCUUAUGGGCAUUCGCUUUAGCAAAUGGUUCAUCAACGUGUUUACGACCAUCAAGGUGUUCGUGGUGCUCUUCAUCAUCGUCGCGGGUUUCGUGUACAUCGACGCUGACAACCUCUCGCCCUUCGUGCCUGAGCGCCAGAGCAUCGACGGAUCCAUGGCAUUCGGCGUGCAGGGAAUCAUCACGGGAGCGUCGUCCGCCUUCUUCGGAUACGUUGGUUUCGAUGAGGUUUGCUGUCUGGCCGCCGAGGCCAAGAACCCCAAGAAGAUCAUGCCACUCGCUGUCAUCGGAACCGUGUUUGGCAUCAUGUUCCUUUCGUCGUUUGCAUCGCUCGCGCUGUCGGGUCUGGUCCCGUACCGCCAAGCCGAGAGCUUUGGCGCUGGUUUCGACUACGCGGGCCAAAAUUGGGCGGCGCAGAUCGUCCGUGCUGGUGAGACGUGUACCAUGCCGCUGGUGGUGCUGGUGAGCUUCCUGGCGCAGCCGCGUUUGAACUACGCGCUCUCGUGCGACGGCCUGAUGCCCCGUAUCUUCGCCAAGGUCGACGAGAAGGGCAACCUGUUCGAGAACACCCUUAUCACGGGCGUCGUGUUCACGGUCGUCGCGUUCCUCGUGCCGUUCGACACGCUUUGGGAUGUCGUGAGCUUCGGCAUCCUGCUGUCGUUCAACAUGACCAACUCGUCGCUGCUCAUGGUCCGCAUGCGUCGCCAGUCGCCCACCCUGGCGCCCAAGCUCAUCGGUGGUAUGGUUGGAUCCGCGUGGCUGGCUGCCUUCUUCUACCAGAUCGGCUACUCGAACGAGGGUCACGUUUGGUGCCUCGUUCUGGGCAUUAUCUUCCUCGUAGCCACGGUGGUUGUGACUAUUGUCAUGUACUUCAAGUGCCCUCAGGACCACCCGGGCGCCGACAGCUUUUCCUCGCCGCUUGUGCCGUUCAUCCCCAUGAUUUCGGUGCUCGCCAACUUCUACUUGGCCGCGCAGAUUAACUACACCGGCAUCUACGCGAGUAUUGCGUGGUUAGCGGCCAGCGUCAUCUUCUACUUUAGCUAUGGCUACAAGCACUCCGCCGGUCGCACUGGAUGGAGCUCGUUGCUGAGUCUUCCCCGCGAGUCCUCGCUGCGUUCGCCCAUGAUCUCGGCCGCUACCGACAAGAAGCAGCUCCAGGAGUAGAACAGUAGAAAAAAGUUUGUUAAUCGUACAAGUAUACACACAUCAGUAGAACUUCUGCACUUUUGCCCCCG